GCCAUAUCUCCAUCAGCACCCUAUUUCUGUUCUUUUUUCAGUGGCUAAUUUGGCUAGCACCACACAACAAACCGGGCGGAAGCAACAAGUUAUAAACGAUCUUUAAAUUUAACAGAAAACGAGAAAGUAUGAAGUUAUCCGCCAUUCGCGGUGCUUGCGCCAACGCUACUGUUCGGUUGCAUCACGCUUGUCGCGGGAGUAGGGUCAGCGGGUUAACGCGGAGAUGCACACCGACCGGUGUGGCACAUGCCCGGCUUGCCUACCGAGCGAUGAGCGCCCCGGCUAACAGCGGCACCAACGCGAAACUGCUCGACAACUUUGGGAAGCAGUCACACCAACGCACCAACUACGACCAGUCUCUGAGGGAUGUGGUUCAGAGUACCAAGGAGGCAAUCGUGGCCUUGCAGAGAAGUAAUCCAGGAGUGCAGCCUUUGCUUGCCAUUGUACAGGCGGGUGAAGACGACAGCCUGUUGGAGAUCAAUAAAAAAAUAGCAGCAAAGGUUGGAAUAAAUGUCACUCAGAUUUGCCUGGCCAAGGAUUGCAGCGAGUAUGAUCUUGUCGAGGAAGUGUUGAAACUAAAUGAGGACCCCAGAGUGCACGGCGUCUACCUCCACCUUCCCCCUGCAAACCUCACCAGUCGGGUACUCAACACUCUAAAGCCAGAGAAGGACAUAGACGGGAUAACAUAUUUGAAUUUGGGUCGUUUGGUGCAAGGAGAUCUAAGCAAAGGUUUUACACUGCCUAUAGCCAGCGCUGUUGUGGAUCUUUUGCGGAAACAUGACGCUCCUUUAGAAGGAAGAACCGUGUUAAUGAUUGGCACUGAAGGACCCCUUGGGGUGGCUCUGCAAUGCAUGAUAGAGAGAAGUGGAAUGACAGCUUUUAAAACUCACCCACAUGACAAGAAUCUACAGAAACAGGUAAUGGAAGCUGAUGCUUUGGUGCUAGUAGGUGUCGACGUCCUGCCCACUUGGAUCAGGCCAGGGGCUGCUGUCAUCCAAUUGGAGCACACCCUAGACACAGAUACUUCCGAGAUGUCCUCAAAGUCCGGGUUAGCGACUCUCACAGCAGCGUACAGAAUACAGAAUGUGGUGCACAGCAGCAAUCGGAGACUCCAGGAGCAACAAUACCGAGCAUGGCGAUUGCGUAGUCUCAAACUGCAGCCUCUGACGCUGGUCCCAAGUGACAUAGAGAUCUCCAGAGCUCAGACUCCCAAACCAGUGGAGCAGCUUGCCGAGGAGAUUGGCUUGUUGCCGGAAGAACUUGAAGCAUACGGCAGGAGCAAAGCAAAAGUCCGCCUUUCCCUCUUUAACCGCCUCCAAGCACAGCCUGAUGGGAAAUAUGUACUGGUGGCUGGUAUAACUCCCACCCCGCUUGGCGAAGGUAAGAGCACGGUGACCAUCGGCUUGGUCCAGGCCCUGUCUGCUCACCUGAAGCUCAACUCUUUCGCUUGUCUACGCCAGCCCUCCCAGGGACCUACGUUUGGGGUUAAAGGGGGAGCUGCAGGAGGGGGAUAUGCCCAGGUCAUCCCAAUGGAGGAGUUCAACCUCCAUCUGACUGGUGACAUUCAUGCAAUCACUGCUGCCAACAACCUGGUGGCGGCAGCCAUUGAUGCCAGGAUGCUCCACGAGGCCACCCAAUCAGACAAGGCUUUGUUCAGUAGGCUGGUGCCUUCAGUCAAUGGCGUAAGAAGAUUUUCACCCAUCCAGAUUGCCAGGCUGCACCGUCUUGGCAUCAAUAAAACCGACCCCGCCUCCUUCACACCCCAGGAAGUCAGCUCAUUUGUCCGUCUUGAUCUUGAUCCCUCCAAGAUUACCUGGCAGAGGGUGGUUGACACAAACGACCGCUUUUUGCGGAAGAUCACCGUAGGACAGGCAAGCACUGAAAAAGGACAAAUCAGAGAGACUGGGUUUGACAUUGCGGUGGCCAGCGAGAUCAUGGCCAUCUUGGCUCUGGCAGACAGCUUGGAGGACAUGAAAGCAAGACUGGCACGCAUGGUGGUGGGGACCAGCCAAUCUGGACAGCCCGUCACCGCAGAAGACCUGGGCGUGAGCGGGGCGCUGGCCGUGCUAAUGAAAGAUGCCAUCAAGCCCACGCUGAUGCAAACCCUUGAGGGUUCACCAGUGUUUGUACACGCCGGGCCCUUUGCCAACAUCGCCCAUGGCAACUCCUCUGUCAUCGCUGACAAGCUGGCUUUGAAGUUGGUAGGACAAGAUGGCUUUGUGGUAACUGAAGCCGGAUUUGGAGCGGACAUUGGAAUGGAGAAAUUCUUUAACAUCAAAUGUCGGGCUUCAGGACUUAGGCCUAGUGUGGUGGUGCUAGUUGCUACUGUGCGAGCUCUCAAGAUGCAUGGCGGAGGCCCUAAGGUAUCAGCAGGCGCACCUCUUCCGAGAGAAUACAUUGAUGAGAAUCUUUCCCUUGUUCAAGGUGGUUGCCUUAGCAAUCUGAGAAAGCAGAUUGGGAUAGCGCAUCUUUUUGGGGUACCAGUGGUUGUGGCACUCAAUGUAUUUAAGACAGACACCCAGCCAGAGAUCGAUCUUGUUUGUCAGCUUGCCAAAGAGUGCGGGGCGUCUAAUGCUGUGCCUUGCCACCAUUGGGCUCAGGGUGGGCGAGGAUGUUUGGAACUCGCCCAGGCGGUGAAAGCUGCCGCUAGCCGACCAAACGACUUCCAGUUCCUCUACAACAUCCAGAUGCCAAUAGUGGAGAAGAUUAGAACGAUAGCACAAAAGGUGUAUGGCGCUGAUGACAUCAAUCUGUCCCCUGAGGCCAUGGCCAAAAUAAAUUACUACAAUCAGCAGGGCUUUGCAUCUUUACCUAUCUGCAUGGCCAAGACUCACCUGUCCUUGUCCCACAUGUCGGAAAAAAAAGGUGCACCCACAGGAUUCAUUUUGCCAAUCAGAGAUGUUCGUGCCAGCAUUGGCGCUGGCUUCAUCUAUCCACUCGUGGGAACGAUGAGCACCAUGCCCGGCCUGCCGACACGACCCUGUUUCUACGACAUUGACCUUGACCCCAGUACGGAGGAGAUAACCGGGCUCUUUUAA